AAACACAAAUAUAUGAAAAUAUGACAUUUCAAUUGAAAGAAAAAAGAAAAUAAACCCGCGCUUUCAAAGCGCGGGUCAAAAUCUAGUUAUGUAUUGUAAUGGAUCCAUAAUACUAAUGAGUUCAGCAUUAGAGCAUGUUUUAAGUAUUAUGCCAGCCCUAAUUAAAACUCAUGAGUCAACGUAAAACGAAUUCGAGAACAAGUUAAAACUUAAAAUAAAGAGUCUAAAAGAAUUCCCCUAACCACGGCAUAAAACGGCUACGUAUGAUUUAAGCGAAUAAUGAGGUAUUAAAUGAUACGAAGAUGGGAUCUAACGACUAACGCUUCCUCCAAAUCUAUAGUUAAUGCUCAUUCAAUUCUUUUCCUUCUCUAACACCUCUCUAAUUACAUGUCCUUGACUAUGUUUAUAUAUAAAUGGAGCAAAAGGUUAGAAGUAGUACUAUGGGUAAUGUGAUAUAUGAAGAGUAGUUUAACACGAUAGUUUUUGAGCUCUUCAGUUUCGUUUUGAUUUCAUAAAUACAACACCUUAGUUUUUUUUUUAAUCGUUCAUUCAGAAAACGAAGUUUCGUCAGCAAAAGUCAGAAAUAUCAUUUCCCUUCCACGCCUUUUCAAAUGGCAAGUGGAUGAUACUCUAUCACAUACUUAGUUUUCUUUUAGUUUUAAUAGUUCCAACUGUUAGUGAUUAAUGUACCACCUAGUUCCUACUCUCUAUUACCAGAAAACAUGCGCAGAGAAUAUUUGGUUGGCAGAAGAACAAGAAAUUAGAAGGCACGUUGUACUUACCAAACCUUACUCGUUGGAAGAUGAAAAAGAUUCUGAGCACACCGCUGCAAAUGUCAUCCGUCGGAUCCUUAGCCUCCUCAAGAAUGUACGCCCAGGAUCCGAUCUCACCAAUUUUCAGCUGCCACCACAGCUGAACCUACCAAAAUCGCAACUUCAAUGUUACGGCGAGAUGAUCUACAGCUUUGGUGGUCAUGAUCUGCUAGGGGAAUGCAGCCGUCGCGAUCUUCCCAUCGAACGGCUCAAAUCGGUCGUAGCGUGGAACAUCUCCAAACUCCGUCCUGUACUCUUUGGACAGGCUCCGUACAACCCCGUUCUUGGAGAGACCCACCAUGUCUCCAGUGGUCACAUCAACGUCCUCAUUGAACAAGUGUCGCAUCAUCCUCCCGUGUCUGCACUUCAGGCUACUCACGAGGAAGAAAACAUUGACGUUAUGUGGGUUCAGCAUUUCAUUCCUAAAUUUCGUGGUGCUUAUGUGGAGCUUGAGGUAAAGGGAAAAAGAGUAAUGAAACUUCAGAGCCGAAAAGAGACUUACGAUAUGAACCAACCAAGACUAGUUAUACGACUAGUACCCGUGCCGAGAGCUGACUGGGCUGGAAAAAUGAAAAUAAAGUGUCCAGAGACCGAUCUUGAAGCCGAGUUACACUUGGUCUCCGAUUCAUUCAUCGAAAGGUUCCGAGGCAGCAACAAUAGAGCAGUCAAAGGAAAGAUCUCUGAAUCUUCCUCUGGGAGUAAGCUCUACGACAUCUUUGGUCAUUGGGACAGAACAAUAUCGGCUAAAAGUCUCAAGACCGGUGAGGUCGAGGUUAUUUACAAUGCCAAUGGGAGUAUCUCAGGACUUAAACCUCCAACUGUCAACAAUCUGAAAGAGGUAAUGGAGAACGAGUCUGCGAUGGUGUGGAGUGAAGUAAGUGAAGGAAUACUGAAUAAAGACUGGGAAAGAGCAAGAGAAGCUAAGAAAGCUGUAGAGGACAGACAGAGAGAGUCUCUGAAGCAGAGAGAGGCAUCUGGUGAGUCAUGGGUUCCCAAGCAUUUCUCAGUGGUUAGAAAUGGUAAAGACUGGGACUGUACACCGUUACAGCCUACUGUUCCUCGUGCUCCACUCGUCAUCACAGAGGCACAUGAGGAAAUCAUGAACUAAUAUCAAGAUUCCAAGACUUUGUGUUGAUGAUAGCUUUAAGUUACUACAAUCCCAUAUUCCCUUGUAACACAAACCUAUUGGUAAAGACCGAAUCAAAGGGAAAAUCGAAAAGUUAACUCUU